AUGUCUCAAAUCAAUGAAAAAUCACCACAACACUGUGCCAAAAAAAAACUUAUAAACAUCAACAAGAAUCACAAGAAACUAUUCUACACAUUCACCACCUUCAUUCUCUCAAUCCUCUUACUCAUACUUGUCAUAUGGUUCAUACUCCAUCCUUCUAAGCCACAAUUCUCCCUCAAAGAAGCUGAUAUUUACCAACUUACCCUCUCAAAGUCUCACCUCCUCAACUCCUCUAUCCAAAUCACCCUUCUCUCAAACAAUCCAAACCAGAAAGUUGGUAUUUACUACGAUGACAUCCAAGUUUAUGCUUCUUACAAGGGUCAACAAAUAACCCUUGAUUCAUCUGUCCCACCCUUUUACCAAGAUUAUAAAGACAGCAAUCUUUUAUCAAUGGUUUUGGUUGCAAACGGGUUACCCGUGGAUCCAUCAUUUGGGUAUGAAGUGGGUCGUGAUCAAAUGGCAGGAAGAUUGGUUUUAAGUAUCAAGGCAAAUGGAGAACUCAGAUGGAAAGUGGGAACUUGGGUUUCUGGAAGAUAA